CUAACGUUACAACGCCACCGUGUAGCUCUGCGCUCCCGCGAUACCAAAACCACGCGCACAUAAUUGUGAAAGUGUUGCAUAUAAAACGCGAUUUCACGAGUGAGAGUACUUUGCCGCCAACGCCCACCAAAUACCAACUUCGCAAUAGUUAAGUGGGGAGAAUUGUUUUGUAAAUUCUAGAGAGGAGAGGUUCAAUGGAAGCGAGGUUCGUGACCUGCCGGAGUUUCCAGCAGAUCAAGCCGCCCGAGAAGAGCCUCGCAUCGCCACCGACGGUGAAGGGGCUCUUAUCUCGUUUUGGAAGUCAAGCUCAAGCUUUAUUCGCGCCAAAGAAACCCCGUUUCGGGUCUUCAGUGGCGAUACACAAGCUCCGCGAGUCUAAGUGGUUCAAGCAUGAUGAACAGAACAUAUUAUGUGCUGUCCUUGAGUCUGGAUUCGUCUUGGAAGUUCGGGCAGAGGAUCCACUGCCGCCAGAUUCCACUCUGUCACCAGACUACCGUAUGUACGCGAUUGCCAUGUGGAAAAAGGGUAAAGAAAAAACAAAGAAUGCGGAACAGAUAGAGGUGUAUACAGUCCAACAAAAGGGUCUACGUAAACGAGUCGUGAAGACUACACUGAGUGCCUUCUGGAAGAAAGAUUCUGUGAUCCGUAUAAACAACGUUGAUGACAAACAGGAGACACCUAACAAUGAAAAGGACAUAAGAGCCAAGCUGGAUAUGGCAACAAAGUCAAGAUUCGAGAGGAACUGGCAUAAUACACUACAUUUCGUCCAUUGGUGUCGUUAUGGAGAAACUCCGCAAGAGGCUCGCAUGAGACAGAUAAGUGAGUCGCUCAAGUGGGGCAACAUCGGCAUGAACAUGGGCGUGAUGCUGGUCAGCCAAAACCAUGCAAGAGAAAAAGCCAAGUCGGUCUGAGUGUCGCAGCCCAGCGGUUCCACCGCUGGACUCCACUGCUACACUUGCUUCUGGCCACCAAGGUCCAAGAACAUCGAUUAUGUUUAAAAUUUUGAAAAUCGAAUGCCCGUUCGGUUACAAAACCGUUGCGGGUCAAAUUUUAAAAUCAAUCCGAACGUUAAUCGUUCGUUGAGUUCCUUUUUUGAAUAUCAUAUUUAUUUUUUCUUUCUUUGAUUCUCAUUUUUUUUUCUUCUAUGACAGUAUUCACUUCCAUUGUCUCUCUUUGAUUCGCUCCACUUAUCGUGUCGCUAAAUUCUUAUUCGUAUCUAAAACAACUUUCAAGCUAUUUGCUUACCAUCGUGAAUUGACAAAAGAUAAAACAUUCCUGACAUAAUAAAAAGACGCCAUAUGGCUUACUUUAAUCUUUGAUGUAAUGCUCUAAUCUAUUGAUAUUACAAUGUUUAUCUAUACUUUUAUAUUAAAAUAAGCGAUAAUAAUUAAGAGGAAAUCGUUUUAUGGUCUGAGAGUGACAACCCUAGUCUUAUGAGUAUUUCUUUAAAUCUGCUAAUGAUUUCUAAUUGAAAGACUGUUGUGAUUUUCUAUGAAAAUUAAUUAUGGGACGACCACGAAAACUGUGACAAGAAUAUUAAGAAUCAAACAAUAAUGAACAUAUAAGUAGAGUUUUCGUGGUCGACAUUAACGUUGAUUAAAUGCGGAGUAUUGAAGCGUUAUUCAAAGUAUUUUUUUUUAUUUAUAAAUGUAUUUUAAUUACGACCUAAUGUUAUGACAAUCUAUUGACUGUUGUGAGAGUAUUGUACUCGUAAUUUAAAUGUUCUAUUUAUAAUGCAUUUUUUUAUAAAUAAAUGAUUACUUGAUUA